AAGACAAUUUGGGACAUUUCUGUACUUCAAGGGUUUUGUUUUGAUUCCACUGUUUCGUGCAUUUCUGCAGUUUUAGCGAUGGUUUGUGAGAAAUGUGAGAAGAAACUCGACAAAAUAGUGACACCGGACACAUGGAAAUCGGGAGCGAGAAACACAGUUGAGUCUGGCGGACGGAAAAUCAAUGAAAACAAAGCUCUCGUGACAGCAAAACAGAGAUUCAAUCCCAUUGGCAAAACCUUCCCACCUUGCAGAAUCUGCCGACAGAAGGUUCAUCAGGCAGGAAGUCACUAUUGCCAGUCCUGCGCCUACAAGAAGGGCAUCUGCUCGAUGUGCGGCAAAAAGAUGAUCGAUGUGAAGAAUUAUAGACAAAGUGCGGCUUAGAGGUGUGAGAAAAUCGAGAAAAUGUUACUUUUUUCCCCUGUUUCUGUAUGUGAAUAAAAAAUGUAAACAUUAGUCCCAAUUGUGGGACACUUUC